AUGUCCAGCGCUACCACAGGCAGAAAGGCCUGGGAGUCGUACUACCAUUUUUUCCCCUUCUACAUGCUUACAAGCAGAGAGCAGUUGUUGUUGCACGUCUUCGUGCUUCUGUUUUUCCUGUUCAUCGGCUGGGGCGUCUACCUGUGUUUGCCCGCCUACGUGCCGUUCGUGCUUUCUAGAGGGAAGUACUACUUGACGGGCUCCCAGGAGGCGCUCGGCAAUUUUGUGUUGAAGAUGAAAGGUAGGGUUCGUGGGUUCAAGCCCCCACGGCCGGUGGGGACCCAGGGAGGUGUGGAUUCGGGGUCUCUGGGUUCUGGAGAUUCUGGAAAUCCAGUUGUUUUGGGGUCAAACGGCGGUGCAGACGGUGUUGUUGAUGGUGUUAGUGAGAAGCGCUUGGUCAAGGAAAUUCCACGUUUGAAGCGGACACAGGGCGAUUUGAGGCGUGGUAAUGACAAAGUACGUGGAUCUGGAGGUGAAGAAUCCAGUGGAAGUGCUGGAAUUGGCUUAUCGGCGCUGGACGCGUCGGACGGUGGAAGUCUACGAAACCACAACAUUGUGGACAUGGACGGUGAAAACGACGUGGCAAAGUCGCCUCCGCUAUUCUGUGAAGCUACAUCUCCAAAAGCGUCGAAACCGCUACUCCUUUCUGGCCAGGGUCGCCGCCUAAAUGCACCUAAAACCGGAACAGUUCUCAAAAGACUCAAGCUAGACAUCAACAGACCAGCCAGCCAAGCCACCCAGCCGUCCUCCUCCACCAAACUCUCCUGCCAGUGGCGGAAAAGAUCAAAUAAAAAGAACAAGUCCUGGGAAGGCGACGGGUUUCUCUAUGUGCUGGAUUCUGGUGUCGUCCUUAAGGCUGAUACCAAGGGAAACGGCACGCUACGAGUUCUAGGGCGAUCUUCCAAUUCAAACACCAGUGGUCUUCUCGUUCUUGGGCAGUUUGAAGCCGAGGUGGACGAAGAAGGCGAGACAAGGCAUAUUCCAAUCAACCAGCCUGAACCACAGGCGGUUCCUGCUCCUACGAGCUUCAAAUCGCCCUUUCACGCAAAAGAACCGAAAUCUAAAGCUCCUGAAGCCUUCCAUCUUCACGAUAAAGUCACCGUGGAUCCGACACUUACCAAGUUUCUUAGGCCUCACCAACGAGAAGGUGUGCAAUUCAUAUACGAUGGGCUUCUAGGGCGCCGUGUGGAAGGCCAGCGGGGUGUUCUUCUAGCGGACGAAAUGGGUCUUGGAAAGACACUCAUGACGAUCACCGUCUUGUGGACGCUUUUAAAGCAAAGCUCUACCGGCAAGAGCCAAGACGCACUGAAGGUGCUCGUUUGUUGCCCUGUUUCUCUCAUUGACAACUGGCGCAAGGAGUUCACCAAAUGGCUCGACAAGAACCGUAUAGGCGUGCUUGCGUUGAACGGCAAGAACCAGUCGCCCGCUAAGGACAAACAGGAUAUCAACGGUUUUGCCAGAACCAACGUCUACCAGAAAUAUGUGGAGAAAAUUAUCGAGAUUCUCGAGAUGGAAGAAUAUUCUGAUGCAAUUGUUGGUAAUCUUGGAUCUGGUCUUAAUGUUGAGCAACGUAAGAAGUUGACCAUCGGAGUCGAAUUGGUUGCUAAACCAUCCUUGUUGUUAUUCCUUGAUGAGCCAACCUCCGGUUUGGACUCCCAGUCUGCUUGGGCCAUUGUGAAACUUUUGAGAGAUCUCGCUUCAGCUGGUCAGUCGAUUCUUUGCACUAUCCAUCAACCUUCAGCUACCUUGUUCGAAGAGUUUGAUCGUUUAUUGCUUUUGAGGAAGGGUGGUCAAACCGUGUAUUUUGGUGACAUUGGAGAGCGCUCGAGAGUUAUUCUCGACUACUUCGAGAAUAAUGGCGCCAGAAAAUGUUCCGAAAGUGAAAAUCCCGCGGAGUACAUUUUAGAAGCAAUCGGUGCCGGUGCCACUGCCUCCACAGCUCAGAAUUGGUUCGAAGUUUGGAGUAGAUCACCAGAGAAGGUUGCUGUUGAGAAGGAGAUCGAUCGCCUCAUUGAUGAAGGCAAGCAGAAAGCUGGUCUCUCUGAGAAGGAGCUCAAGGCUUUGCAGAACCCAUAUGCCACCUCGAUCAUGUACCAGUACGUUCUUCUUAUCAAGCGUAUUGGGUUGGCUUAUUGGAGGAACCCUCUGUACAUCAUGGCGAAGUUGUCAUUGAUGACCAUGGCUGGUUUAUUCAUUGGAUUCACUUUCUUUGGUUUGAAGACUUCUCUUACAGGAAUGCAGAAUGGUAUGUUCUGUGCUUUCUUGUCUGUGGUGGUCUCCGCUCCUGUCAUCAACCAGAUUCAGGAACAGUGUGUUGCGCUUCGUGAGGUUUUUGAGGGCAGAGAAAGACUCUCAAACACUUAUCGUUGGUGGUUGCUUCCAUUGGCUCAAUUCGUCGUUGAAAUUCCAUUCAACUUUUUCUGUGGUGCCGUGAUGUUCGUCUCGCUUUACUUCCCAACAAGAGCAGAUUUUGCAGCCACUCACUCCGGUGUGUUUUAUUUGACCUUUGGAAUCUUCUUGCAGUUGUUUAACAUUUCCUUCGGUUUCAUGCUUGUUUACAUGGCUCCUGAUGUUCAAUCUGCUGCAGUGUUGGUUUCAUUUUUCUACGCCUUCAUUGUGUCGUUCUCUGGUAUUGUGCAGCCAAAGGAUUUAAUGCCAGGUUUCUGGACUUUCAUGAACAAAGUGAGUCCUUACACCUACAUUAUCCAGAACUUGGUUGCCUCUUUUCUCCACAAGAGAUCGGUCCACUGUGCCGAUUCUGAGCUCUCUAAAGGCGCUCCUCCUGAAGGUCAGACUUGUGGUGAAUUUAUGAAUGCCUUCAUUGAAAGAGCUGGUGGUUACUUGGUGGAUCCUGACAGUACUACUCAAUGCGAGUACUGCCAGUACACUAACGCUGAUCAAUAUCUUGCUACCAUCCAGACCAGCUACUCCAACAUUUGGCGUAAUGUUGGCUUCUUCUGCGCCUACAUUGUUUUCAACCUUAUCGCCUGUCUUUUGUUGUACAAGGCUAUCAGACUUACGAAGUGGAAGCUUCCAUCCUUCAAAUUCAAGAAGAACUAA